AUGAAUAAUUACAACACGCAGUACAGCAACACAGGCUCACUCAACAACAACAACAACAACAACAACAAUGUCAAUAAUGACAUGGUCGAGGACGAAACAGGGGGCAUCACGGAGGGCAGCAAACACUCUGAGCAGCUGGCGGCACGGCGAGUACUCUUCAUGGGGCUUCCGCGCAGCGGCAAAAGCAGCAUUCUCAGCGUGAUAUUCGAGAACGCGCUAGCGUACGACACAAUCGGCAUGCCACCGACGCAGGAGCGCGUGGCGUACCAAAUGGCGGUGACGGGCAUAACUGCGUACGACUUUCCGGGGAUUGACGAGUACUCGGAGACGCAAUACAGCAGCGCGGUGGAUCCAGCGGUGUACGCAGGCGACAUGACAUCCUUGGUGUACGUGGUGGACUCGCAGGGAGACUUCCAGAACUCGCUGGCCACGCUUUUCUCGAUCAUCCGCAACGCGCAGGCUGUGAAUCCGCGGAUUCCGAUCAAUAUAUUCUUGAACAAGAUUGACGGGCUAUCGGAGGAGCUCAAGGACGACAUCCAGCAGGACAUCCAGCAGAAGGUGUUCAAAACCAUGGGCUACGAGAACAUGGACUAUACGUUUGUGCGGUUUUUCCUAACGACAAUCUUCACGGAGAGCGUUCGCGAGGCCAUGAGCAACGUUGUCCGGCAGCUGGUGCCCAAGCACGCGACGCUGGAGACCAUACUAAACUCGUUCUGCACAAAGUCGGGGCUGGACAAGGUGUUUCUGUUUGACGUCGCCACCAAGGUGUACCUUUCGAUGGACUCGUCGCCGACGGACUCGCACCAGUAA